CUACUGUGUCACCCACUGACCCUUGUAUCACACAACAGGCUCGGUGGUUGCUUAAAAACACCCGCGUCACGGAGAUACCACCAAGUUCCACGCGGCAGCAGCAGGACACGGAGACAACUCUCUGUCCACCCCGCCUUGCUUCCGGUUUGCUUUUGCUCUCUUACGCACUACUGUCGUGAUACCGCGUUACCAUGGUGACAAAUAACAGAUAUUGGUUAUAGAAGAUGCCAACUUCCUUGACAGUCCCCUGUACCCGCCCACUGUCAACAGAGAGAUCCGCCGGAGCGUCCGGACGCGUCUGAGAUCACCUGCCUCCAGGAAAAGCGCACCAGACAGCGGCCCGUCCAUGUGUUGCGCGCUCCAGUCCACUUGAAAUUGCAAGCUAACUACUUGAAGUUAAACCUCAGAAGAGCAGACGCUUUUACAUUGUAGUGUUUUUAAGGUAAUUAUGCAGGACAGAAGGACAUUUAUCAGCCCUUUCCCCAGACCGCGGUGUCUGGCCGCUGCGGCGCCUAUGGGGAAAGCGAAAUUAACUCACCCGGGAAAGGCGAUCCUGGCAGGUGGAAUUGCAGGUGGCAUUGAGAUCUGCAUCACCUUCCCCACAGAGUAUGUGAAAACCCAGUUACAGCUGGACGAGAAGGCCAAUCCACCCAAAUACAGAGGAAUAGGUGACUGUGUGAAACAGACGGUACAGGGUCACGGUGUUAAAGGACUGUACAGAGGACUCAGCUCACUGCUGUAUGGAUCUAUACCAAAAUCUGCAGUCAGGUUUGGGGUGUUUGAGUUCCUCAGCAACCGUGCACGGGAUGAGUCCGGUCGACUGGACAGCACCAAAGGCCUGCUCUGUGGGCUUGGAGCCGGGGUAAUGGAGGCUGUUUUGGUGGUCUGUCCCAUGGAAACCAUCAAGGUUAAAUUCAUUCAUGACCAAACUUCAGCCCAUCCCCAAUAUAAGGGUUUCUUCCAAGGAGUCAGAGAGAUCGUCAGGUCACAAGGAUUAAGAGGGACAUACCAGGGUCUCACUGCCACGGUCCUUAAACAAGGCUCCAACCAAGCCAUUCGGUUCUAUGUGAUGACGUCUUUGAAGAACUGGUACAAAGGUGAUGACCCCAAUAAAGCUAUGAAUCCCCUGGUGACUGGAGUGUUUGGAGCCAUAGCUGGUGCAGCCAGUGUCUUUGGAAACACCCCACUAGAUGUCAUCAAGACCAGGAUGCAGGGUUUGGAAGCACAUAAAUAUAAAAGCACACUGGACUGUGCUUUAAAGAUCCUGAGAUAUGAAGGCGUGGCAGCCUUCUAUAAAGGGACAGUUCCUCGGCUGGGCCGUGUGUGUCUGGAUGUGGCCAUAGUUUUCAUCAUCUAUGAGGAGGUGGUGAAGGUCCUGAAUGUGGUCUGGAAGACGGACUGAGCUGCUGGACUCACAGAGAGGGCGGCAGCUUCCUGCUUCCCCCCAGCAUCAGGCACAGAUCUGAGUUUCACAGACCUCCUCUGCAUUACAGACCAGCCGCAGAGGGAUUGAGACAGAGAGCUGAACUUAGAUCAGUGUUAUAUGCUAGCCUGGAAGUUACAGAGCUCAAAGACGGGAGCUACAGAGAAAAAAGGAAGCCUGAAGAAGCUCAGUGUCGCCCACAUCUGGAGAGCUGGAGUUUUUGCAGAGCUUUAUAGCUCAGCACCAAAAAUCCUGACAAGACCAAGGGUCAGUUUCACAAAGUGGGAUUAUAAAAGUUAGCCAAAUAACUAAAAAAAAGAUUUGUUAUCCUAGAUUUACAUUAUUUCUAAAUAUGAAACAAAGCCCGUAUUGUAGGGUCAACAACAUGAUUCCUUCAAACAUGUUUAUGAAUGCUCAUAAACAACAUUUUUGUGGAAAUUUUAGCCCCUUUUCCAAGUUAUCUGGUUCACUUUCUUGUAAACCUACUUCGUAAAAUACCCUCCUUCAGUGAAGAUUAUUAUUUCUAGUCAUUCACAGCUGUUUUACUGAUGUUUAUUGGGAGUAUGCACGUGUCGUACUGGAUUAUCUUGAGUUAGUGUUGCUGUCUGUCUGUCCUUGUGCCUAAUAUGGCUUUAAAUCCAGAGGAGCCAGACUGCAGCUGGUUGCAGUUUACAGCCACAUAAACUGCAGUAACUUCCAUAACUAAGCCUUCAAUAGAAUGAUUUCACAUUUAUAAUAUGCCAAUUAUUUUUAUACGAUGUAGAUUCUAAUUUAGUUUGUUACCAGCAUUACAGUUUUAUUGUAAAGUAUAAUAUAUUUUGUCCCUGUGCCAAAUGACAAACCUGUUAUACUAUGAAAGUGUUCAGAGUAAGAACAUGCAAAAGUAGCCUAAUAAUCUUAUCAAAAGAAGAGCAAAUAUGACUUAUAUUGUACUUUAUAAAUGUAUUUAUCGAAAAGUUGAAUGUUGAAUAUCCAUUUGGUUGAGAUGUUAUUUGUUGUUAACUUGUGCCACUUGUUUUUUCUGUGGUCAGGUCUGGGCGUAAAGGUGUUUUUUAAGACGUUAGGCUAUAUUAUAUUGCUGUAUUUCACUGUGAGACACAAAGUAACCUCAGACCUCGUUUUCCCCUACGAUGGAAGCACUAAUUUUUAUCAGGUCAUAUCCUAACACAGGUUCCUCCCACUGGAUGGUUGACUGUCUUCUGCUUACAGGUUUCAUAUGUCCCCUACAUCAGUGGUCCCCAUCUCGGGGUUCAGGGCCCCAUAAUUAAUUGAAAUGGAAAGAAGAGAAUUGUUCUUCUGAUAUACUCAGUUAUGUUCAUUUAUUCAGGGUGGAACUUCUCACAAUUUGUGGACACUUGCGAUGAGCUGCUGCAAGUAGUCACUGCAUCAUUAACUAUAAAGGUUUCACCCGCCAAAAAGAUUUGGGAAUCACUGUCUGUUCAAAUCCAUUUCUAGUGCCGUUUACUUUCUGUGUUUCAUUCAGGGUUUGUUUUUACUUCUCACUCAUGUGCCUUCUGCUGUUGUGUUUGUUGGUGAAUGCUACUUGAGAAAUAUCCUCUGUUAUCGACCAUUUAAAGUGUUUAAUCGUCUUAAAGGCAAUCUGAGAUUUCUGUGGUUCAGUAACAUUAUUUUUUAAAAAGAUGAUUACAAGAGCUGCAUGUCCUCAUAAUCUGUCUGUAUUACUGUAAGAACUUACUGAUAGAUUGUGUCCCUGUUUCUGAGAUAAUCUUCAUCUUAUUUUUUAAUUUUUGUGUUUGACCAAACAACAUGCUUGCAUUCCUUACUGCCAAAUAGCCAAGAUAUAGUGUUAUUGUUAUCACAAGUCAAUGUAUUUUAAGGCUGUAUGUGUAGGCUAUAUGGUUCUUUAUAAUGAAGCUUGUGCAGUAAACGCUGUCUGCUUCAUUUGUCUGUGCUCAAUGUCAAGUACCUUUUUGUUGGGGAGGUUUCAAAACUCAUUAAAGCAAGCAUCUGAAAACUUAAAA